AUGGACGAGGUCAAUGAACAUGUACUCAAAGCUGUCCAAGAUUUAAAAACAUUACGCAUUGUGAUUGAUGUUCCUACCGAAAUCCUAAACCCACACAAUUAUCUGGAUUCAGCAUUUGAACUCGCUGAACCACUCACGAGAACCUGGAAAGAACACCACGUGGUGCGAAAAAUCGUCGUCGAUGUGUAUCCGCGACAUGCAUACGUUGUGAUCGACAUCAACAAUUUCUCUUAUGACUUCAAGCUCGCUCAUUUACAGACCUUCGCUAUUCCAGUCCAUAUUCUACGUUUGUCACAGAAAAGCAAGCAGUGGUCCUUCUUUAGACAGCAAUUGGAGGAUCGACGAGUCGCCAAGGAUAUUGCAGAGUUGCACAGAUGUAACGGCCAUAACCAUCCCCCUUUCUUUGCAGACCAUAUUCGAGGGUCUGUUUACCUUUCUCCCCGUACAACAUGAUGAUAUAAG